AUGUCUAAGAUUGUGAGAGGGUCUGUGGAGGAGCCUGAAGAUGCCAUAUAUUAUAUGGCUGCAAUUGCAGAAAAGUUUGAGGAAAGUGAGAAGGCUGAAGGUGCUAGACUGCAUAAGGAAUUCCAUGAGCUUAAGUAUGAUGGAAAUGGCAGUGUUAGGGAGCACAUCAUGCAUAAGGUGUUGUUGAAUGGGAAGCUCAGAGACUUGAGGAUGGGAGUUUCAGAUGCACAAAUUGUGCAUGAAGCCCUGAUCCGCAAUGAGGCUGGACCAUUCACUGCAGUCAACUUGGUGGAAAAGCCCAAGUGGAAGAAGAAGAAUAAGAACAAGGUUAAGCAAACCACCAAUUUUAAGGUAUCCGGGAAACCUGCAAAAACCAAGAGUGACAAAUCAUUUAAGUAUAAGUGCUUCUUCUGUAAAAAGAUGGGGCACAUGAAGGAGUGUUCGGGGUUUAAAGCUUGGAUGAUAAAGAAAGGGUUUAAUAAGGAGGAGGGCUCCAAGGACAAAUGA